GAUCUGGAAAAUCUUACACCAUGAUGGGCACAGCUGACCAACCUGGAUUAAUUCCAAGGCUUUGCAGUGGACUCUUUGAACGAACUCAGAAAGAGGAAAAUGAAGAGCAGAGUUUUAAAGUAGAAGUGUCCUAUAUGGAAAUUUAUAAUGAAAAAGUUAGAGACCUUCUUGAUCCCAAAGGAAGUCGUCAAACAUUAAAAGUCAGAGAGCACAGUGUGUUGGGACCCUAUGUUGAUGGACUUUCCAAACUGGCUGUCACAAGCUACAAGGAUAUUGAGUCUCUGAUGUCUGAGGGUAACAAGUCUCGUACAGUUGCUGCCACCAACAUGAAUGAGGAGAGCAGUCGAUCCCAUGCAGUCUUCAAAAUCACCCUUACCCAUACUUUAUAUGAUGUGAAGUCUGGGACGUCUGGAGAGAAAGUGGGCAAACUGAGCUUGGUUGACUUAGCUGGCAGUGAGCGAGCAACGAAAACUGGAGCUGCAGGGGACAGGUUGAAGGAGGGGAGCAACAUCAACAAGUCCCUCACAACCCUCGGUCUGGUUAUCUCAGCUCUAGCAGAUCAGAGUGCUGGCAAAAACAAGAAUAAAUUUGUUCCAUAUCGUGACUCAGUUCUCACUUGGCUGCUCAAAGACAGUCUUGGGGGUAACAGCAAGACAGCCAUGGUGGCCACUGUCAGUCCAGCUGCCGAUAACUAUGAUGAAACCCUUUCAACUCUGCGGUAUGCAGAUCGCGCCAAGCACAUCGUGAACCAUGCUGUGGUGAAUGAGGAUCCUAAUGCACGAAUUAUCCGGGAUCUCCGGGAAGAAGUAGAAAAGCUCCGAGAACAGCUAACAAAAGCAGAGGCAAUGAAAUCUCCAGAGCUAAAAGACCGGCUAGAAGAAUCAGAGAAGCUGAUCCAGGAAAUGACUGUCACCUGGGAAGAGAAAUUAAGGAAAACCGAAGAGAUUGCACAGGAGAGACAGAAGCAACUUGAGAGUCUUGGAAUAUCUCUUCAGUCUUCUGGGAUUAAAGUUGGGGAUGACAAAUGCUUCCUUGUUAAUAUGAAUGCUGAUCCUGCUCUGAAUGAACUUCUGGUUUACUAUUUAAAGGAACAUACAUUGAUAGGGUCAGCAAAUUCCCAAGAUAUCCAGCUAUGUGGAAUGGGAAUUCUUCCUGAACACUGUAUAAUAGAUAUCAUAGCAGAAGGCCAGGUUAUGCUGACUCCUCAGAAGAACACCAGAACAUUUGUAAAUGGCUCUUCCGUGUCUAGUCCUAUACAGCUACACCAUGGGGACAGGAUAUUAUGGGGAAACAACCACUUCUUCAGACUGAAUUUGCCUAAAAAGAAAAAGAAAGCAGAUAGAGAGGAUGAGGAACAAGACAGCUCCAUGAAGAAUGAUACCAGUUCUGAGCAGCUGGAUGUAGACGGAGACUCCUCCAGUGAGGUGUCCAGUGAAAUCAACUUCAAUUAUGAGUAUGCACAGAUGGAGGUUACCAUGAAGGCUCUGGGUAAUAAUGAUCCAAUGCAGUCCAUAUUGAACAGCCUAGAACAGCAGCAUGAAGAAGAGAAACGAUCUGCAUUAGAGCGCCAGAGGCUUAUGUAUGAGCAUGAAUUGGAGCAGCUACGAAGAAGGCUGUCUCCUGAGAAACAAAACUGUCGUAGUGGGGACAGGUUUUCUUUCCACUCACCCAGUGCUCAACAGCGACUGAGACAGUGGGCCGAGGAGAGAGAAGCAACACUGAAUAACAGCCUGAUGAGGCUGAGGGAACAAAUUGUUAAAGCCAAUCUGUUGGUGAGAGAAGCUAGUUACAUUGCAGAGGAACUGGAUAAAAGAACCGAAUAUAAAGUAACGCUGCAGAUUCCAGCCUCCAGCCUGGAUGCCAACAGGAAGCGAGGCUCUCUUCUUAGUGAGCCUGCAAUCCAGGUGAGAAGAAAAGGAAAAGGAAAACAGAUUUGGUCUUUAGAAAAACUGGACAACAGAUUGCUGGAUAUGAGAGACCUUUAUCAGGAGUGGAAGGAGUGUGAAGAAGAUACUCCAGUCAUACGGUCCUACUUCAAGCGUGCUGAUCCAUUCUAUGAUGAGCAGGAAAAUCACUGUCUCAUUGGGGUGGCAAAUGUCUUCCUCGAGUCCCUCUUCUAUGAUGUGAAGUUACAGUAUGCUGUUCCAAUUGUCAACCAGAAAGGAGAGGUGGCAGGUCGGCUGCAUGUAGAGGUGAUGCGGAUCAGUGGUGACAUUGGGGAAAGAAUUGCUGGGGGUGAUGACACCGCAGAUCUCUCCUGUGAAAAGGAAGCCCAGGAGAAUAGACUUGUGUGCAUGGUUAAAAUACUUCAAGCCACUGGCUUGCCACAGCAUCUGUCCCACUUUGUGUUCUGCAAAUAUAACUUCUGGGACCAACAGGAGCCAGUAAUUGUUGCACCCGAAGUUGAUACCUCCUCCUCCUCUCCGGUCAGCAAGGAGCCUCAAUGCAUGGUUGUCUUUGAUCACUGCAAUGAAUUUUCUGUUAACAUUACUGAAGACUUCAUUGAGCAUCUUUCAGAAGGGGCAUUGGCAAUUGAAGUAUAUGGCCAUAAGAUGAAUGAUCCUCGGAAAAACCCAGCCUUGUGGGAUUUGGGGAUUAUCCAAGCAAAAACACGUAGUCUUCGGGACAGAUGGAGUGAAGUCACCAGAAAAGUGGAAUUCUGGGUCCAAAUCUUGGAACAGAAUGAGAAUGGUGAAUACUGCCCUGUAGAAGUGAUUUCUGCAAAAGAUGUGCCAACAGGAGGAAUCUUUCAACUCCGGCAGGGACAGUCCCGGAGAGUCCAAGUGGAAGUGAAGUCUGUGCAGGAAUCUGGGACUUUACCACUGAUGGAAGAAUGUAUACUAUCUGUUGGCAUUGGAUGUGUAAAAGUUAGAACACUCAGAUCCCCCAAGACUCUUGAGGCCUUUCAUGAAGAAGAGGAAGACAUGGACAGCUACCAGGAUCGGGAUUUAGAGAGACUGCGUAGAAAAUGGCUAAAUGCAUUAACAAAACGUCAGGAAUACUUAGAUCAACAACUGCAAAAGCUUGUCAGUAAACAUGAUAAAACAGAGGAUGAUGCUGACCGUGAAGCUCAACUUCUAGAGAUGAGGCUGACCUUGACUGAGGAGCGGAAUGCAGUAAUGGUCCCCUCUGCCGGCAGUGGCAUUCCAGGGGCCCCAGCAGAAUGGACCCCAGUUCCUGGGAUGGAAACACACAUUCCUGUUAUAUUCCUUGACUUAAAUGCUGAUGAUUUCAGUUCCCAGGAUAAUCUUGAUGACCCGGAAGCUGGUGGAUGGGAUGCUACACUCACUGGAGAAGAAGAGGAUGAGUUCUUUGAACUCCAGAUUGUAAAACAGCAUGAUGGAGAGGUGAGAGCAGAAGCCUCUUGGGACUCUGCAGUGCACAGCUGUCCCCAGCUCAGUAAAGGCACCCCUGCAGAUGAGCGAGUGUAUCUGAUUGUGCGGGUGACAGUCCAGCUCAGCCAUCCAGCUGACAUGCAGUUAGUGUUACGGAAACGAAUUUGUGUCAAUGUUCAUGGCCGGCAGGGUUUUGCUCAGAGUCUCCUAAAAAAGAUGUCACAUCGAAGUUCUAUUCCUGGCUGUGGAGUGACUUUUGAAAUUGUCUCCAAUAUUCCAGAGGAUGCCCAGGGAGUAGAGGAACGAGAAACAUUAGCAAGAAUGGCAGCCAAUGUUGAAAACACAGCUUCUGCUGACUCAGAGGCUUAUAUUGAAAAAUACCUCAGAAGUGUGCUGGCUGUGGAGAACCUUCUCACUUUAGAUCGUCUUCGCCAGGAAGUCACAGUGAAGGAGCAGUUGACAGGAAAGGGGAAGCUGAGCAGGAGGAGUAUUAGCUCUCCGAAUGUGAACAGAUUGUCUGGUAGCCGACAAGACCUUAUCCCAUUCUACAGUCUAGGCAGCAACAAGGGCCGGUGGGAAAGUCAACAGGAUGUAUCCCAAAUUGCAGUUUCCAGAGGAAUAGCUCCAGUUGCCCCAUCCCUCCCAGACCGUUCUCAAAAUAACCAUUCUCCCGACCCAGGAUUUAGUAGCCUAGCGGCCGCCUACUUGAAUCCAGUAAAAUCCUUUGUGCCGCAGAUGCCAAAGCUCUUGAAGUCGCUCUUCCCUGUCCGCGAUGAGAAAAGGGGCAAACAGCUGUCUCCCCUUGCACAUCAGCCCGUGCCCCGGAUCAUGGUGCAGUCUGCCCUCCCAGAUGUGGGGACGACCAGAAUGGUGGAGGCUUACCGAGAGAGCAUGGGGGUUAGUGCGGCUCCUGAUGUGACUGUGCAGAUGGCCCCCGUGAAGAUCUGUGACAGACCCACAAAAGCACCUCCCCAGCAGUCUGCCACUGCCAACACCCAGGCCCCUGAAGUUCAGGAAGGGCCUCCCAGCCCCCUGAGUGAGGCCUCCAGCGGGUACUUUUCCCACAGUGUCUCCACUGCAACGCUGUCUGAUGCAUUCGUCCCUGGCCUUGAUGCUGCGGCUGUAGCCGGGGGCCAGACACCCGGCUCGCCCCCUCCUGCCUUCUGCCAGGCCACCCCGGACACGGAGCUCCCCUUUCUAUCUGCUGCUCCUGCUGCAGACAGUGAUCUUCCUGCCCGGCUGGAGGGUCAGCGCAGCCUUCUGUCCCUGCCAGUCCUGGCAGCGCAAAAUGCUUGGGGCAACAGCAACGGUGCGUCCGAGGCCAGGGGAGCUGUUUCCUCAGAGAAGCAGAAUGAAGCAAGGGCCUUACCGACUCAGCUCCCCACCUCUGUCCCCCAAAAGGAAUCACCCAGCCAGCAGAGCGGUGGCGAAGUUUCCUCGGCCACCAAGCAGCUCGGAAGACCCACGGACCAUGUGAAGCCUGCUGACAGCUUAGAGCUAGAUGUCUCCAAACCACAGCCUCCUGACCUCCUGUCUCAGUCACCUGCUCCAGCGUCUCCGUUCAGAAUCCAGAAGGUGCGAACCUCCGAGCUGAAGUCGUUCACGCGCAUGCUUGGCGGGGACCCCAGCAGCCUCUCUGGUGCUGAGGAGGACCUCCUGGCCUCUGGGGGGCUGGGCGACAGCAGUGCUGGGGCACAGGCCUUGGGAAAGCUGGAAGUUUCCUCAGAUUCUGAAGAAGCCAGUGAAGUCCCAGAGUGGCUCAAAGAGGGAGAAUAUGUCACUGUGGGCACCAACAAAAUAGGCAUCGUGAGAUACAUCGGGCCCACUGACUUUCAGGAGGGGACGUGGAUCGGAGUGGAGUUAGACUUACCUUCAGGUAAGAAUGACGGCUCCAUCGGAGGGAAGCAGUAAUUCAAGUGCAACCCUGGCUACGGGCUGCUAGUGCGGCCGGGCCGGGUGCGCAGAGCAACGGGCGCAGGGCGGCGGCGCAGUGCGGGGCUCAGACUGCAGGGUGCCCCCGAGCCCCGAAGGAGCAGCACCCUCUCCGGCUCCGCCACCAACCUGGCCUCCCUGACGGCAGCUCUGGCCAAGGCAGAGGGUGCCACGGCGCUGAGGGCCGACAGGAGCCAUAAGAACCCGGAGAACCGGAAGUCCUGGGCCAGCUAAACCUGCACCCCGCGCCGUGGCCCUCCUGCCUCACGUCCUCCCCGGCUGCUAGCCUGCUUCCCCAGCGAGUGCUGGCGGAGGGGGCGGCUCCCGAGCCUGGUGGGUGACAGCCCUGGGGUAGGCAGUGACACCUCAGACCCCCUUCCCUGGGGAGCAGGGCCAUGAACCCUUUUUGCACAACACAGGGCUCGUGACCUCUCCCUGCUCCUCCCAGGGCUCUGGAAGCUUCAUUUCUUCUUCUGCUCAGAGAAUGAAGAGACAUCUCCACAAAGCAGAGGGGUUGAAGGUUCUAGGAGUCUGGAGCAGUCCUGGAUGUGCCAGGCCCCUGCCGGCUUGGUGCCUGGAGUUUUCCCCACCUGGGGCUGUUCCUUUUUUCUGUUCUGAUGACCCCAUUAACCUCGUAACCAACGUCAUAACCGUACCAGUGCCUUUCUUUCCCACAGAGGCAGGGGAGCCUCCCUCUGCCUCCAGGGCCAGCACCCCAGCCCACCCACCCUGGUCCUGGCUUGCUCCCCGGGCUCGCUGCAUUCUCUGGCCCCCAGAGACCCUACACCACGUAGCCGACUCCCACAAGUGCCUCUGGUGGGCCUCCUCACUUCUGGCGUGAGGCCUGCUCCCCCAGCAAGCGGCACUGGCCCUGACCCUCCCGCCUUUCCACAGAGUCUCUUAGCGCUUUCUUUGUGGGCUUGUUAGUGUCUUUGUACCUGGAAAGCGUUUUCUCUUUGCCAUUUGUUCCCUUAACAGAGUGCUUGGAAUAUAUUUAUUUAUAUUUAUUUUUUUCAAAAUCCGAAAUCUUUUCGCGAGCCACAAUCUUCUGCCCAGGCACAAGGGUCCCAGGCCCGCCUUGCACAUCGCCAGCCUCUGAGGCCACUCAGGAGCCGCCAGCCUCCUGCCUCUGGCAGGGGUUUCCAGGGGGGGCCAGAGGAUGAUGCCCCUCCUUAGGUUAUCAUUGACACAGACACAUAAGUGGCCUUACUCUAAGACACACAAGUGGCCUUACUCUUACCCUAAGCAGAAACUUGGAGGAUUAUGGGAUGGUGUGCCUGUAAUGGUGAAGUCAGUCAGAGGCAUCAUGACCUUAUUUGGUGCAAUUUUGUUUUCUUGCAAGGGCCUUAGACCAGGUUAACUUGGCAGUUCUAUACCCUGACUCCCUGAGGCUGGGGAGCUGCGGCCUAGCAGGUGGGCCUGUGCAGCGAAAGCUCCGCACUGUACCUACCAGGCCAGACCCGGACAGCAUGAGACCCUCAGUGAGCAUUGCCCAGCUCCUGCAGGACGCCUCCAGUCCUAGAGCCCUUCCCUGCUGGGCUGCUUGGGAAGGAUUCUGCGGAAGUGAGAAGAGGGCUGGUGCCUCACAGGCCAGGGGGUGGUGUGUGGCUCUAGAGGGGAGUGUCAGGGAACCUAAUGCUAGUCCUUCUGGAACUUUCUACCGGAGUAGCUCAGGGACCUAGUGCCCAGCAUUCAGCCACCUGCCAUGCAUGUCCUUAUGAGAGCCUCACGAGGGCCUGAGCAGGAGCCUAGGGGACACCCUGGCAGCCCAGGGACAGGCCCUUGGUCAGGAUUUGUGUUCGGCACUCUGGGAGGCCUGUUUUUAGUUCUCACGUUUAGACUCUUAUAAGUGAUGCCCAGGAAGCCCUUUUUGAAAGAUCUCUGGUUCCCUAGGGAUUUGCAGCCCCUUCGGAGAAGUAAUGUCAGGUUCCCUGCCC